GAUAUUCAUAAUUUGUUAUCCAUCUGCAAAAUGUUGAAUUCUGGCAUGCCAAAAGUAAGACUAAAACGUUUGGAUGAAAGAAAUAUGGUUCGAAAAUCAGUAAAUAGAUAUAUUUCUAAUGUAUCAAAGAUUACAAAAAGUGUUUUAACGCCGCAUUUAUUAGAUAAAUCUCGGAUACUUAGAGUUUCACUCAAACGUUUUGAUGAAUAUAUAUCAUCAACUUUAUUGAUGAAUAAAAAUUUUAAUGACACCUCAUGUAUCGAAAAAAUGACAUCAAAUUUGCACUGUGAUUUCGAAAAAAUCACAAAUUUUGACAAAAAUAAUUGCGAAUUACAAGCAAAAUUUGAUUCAAAUAAUAAAAAUUAUCAUUUCGAUACGGAACAAAAGCCACAUCAAGCUAAGAUUAUUGAUAAUGCACGUGAUAAGACAACAUCAUAUAAAUCACUAUGUUCAUUAUCUGGUCCGAACGUUUUAAGUGACACUGAAACCGAACAAUUUGAUCACUCAACUACUCAUGAUAAUUCUCUGGAAUUAAAAAAUCUAUUGCCUAAAUUGAAAAUUGGUUUAGAGGAAGUAAAACCAAACGUGAUCAUUACAGAAAAUUCCGAUCUCCAUACAAUGCAAAAUAGUUGUAAUGGCUCGAUUAAACUUGACUCAGAUAUUGUAACAGCUUGUAAUGAAUUGGUUAAUUCUAAUGAUAAUUUGAAUGCUCAUCGAGUGAAUCAGGAUACCAUGAUACUUGACUGUGAUCUUGAUUUAAACGAUGUUGGUGUAAAUUCAAAAGACAUUUGUGAUCAUAAUUACGAGGAUAAUAUGGUAUUACCGAAUGCGGUAGUUAAUCCGAUUGACAAUGUUGCUAAUAAAACAAGACUGGAUUAUGCAUCGACCGAUUCAAAUAUAAAGUUAUAUGCUCAGUCAGUGAGCCAAGAUUUGCAAACUGAAUGUAAUUCCAGUAAAUUUCUUGAUAAUUCACACGAGACUUCACAAGAAAAUGAGAAUAAUUUUGAUAGGAUUUUUGAAAGGGAAUGUAACAUUCAAAACAACGGUAAUUUUUUAGCUGCUCAUUUUACUUCUCCAGAAGAUGAUUUGAUAGAAGGAGUCAUCAUUCUAAGUAUUGAUCAAGCCAGCUACAAUGAUUCGGAUUUGUCAAAAUAUGAAUCAAAUUAUGAGAUUUCCGACCAAUUGGAAAGCAUUCUUGCAUCUCAAUUAGAUAGUGAAACCGUGGAAAUGAUACGCGAUCACAGCAUCAAUGACAUUGAUAACAAUGAUAAUUUCUCGAUUUCUCAAUUUGACCAACAUCCCAACAUAAACUCUGAUGGUAUUUCCAAUGUCGUAUCGGAAGAUCCUUCUUUGGUAUAUACUAAUAAAGACAGUAGCGAUAUUGAUUUUGAUCCUGACAAAGUAACCCAUUCUUCAACUAUGACAGAGGAUUCAGCACAACUUACACAAUCACCCAAAACAGUGAACUUUGAAAGUCCUGGAACCGAGAGUUUACCAACUGAUGUAACUCCGUGUACUUCAAGUACACAAAAGACAAUAAUAACAAAUUCAACAUGUAUCAAAAUACCACUUUCAUCAAAAUGA